UAGCAUUGAGCACAAGACAAAAACAACCUCUGAAUUCUAUCUCCAUUGAUCCAGAAAGAAAGAAAUCAAGAAUCAAACAAAAGAAGCAAGGCCAUCCAUUGCAUUCCCCUCUCACUUCUGAUGCACAAAUCAGUCACAAAUGGAAGCAACAGUGGCCUUGGUCUUCUCUAGCCCAAGCCCCAGGAGGCCUUCCUCCUGCUUGCGUUCUCCUCCUUGCAGCCGCAGAUGUUCCUCCCAUGGUGCAAGGCUGCAGCAAUCGCAGUUGCUCGUCGCCGAUCGGCUAAGCAGAAACAGGGACAGGAAGAUUGGCACGAGCAUCCUGAGGCGCUCUUCCAGUGCCACUGACAGCGCGUCUUCUUCUGUUUCUUCAGAAAGAUGGGUUCUCGAGCCUGCAGGAGACGGUGAUUGGCGUCAUAUCGGGUACCGCGUCGCACGCCCUGGCGGUUUCCAGAUAGCCUCUGAGGCAGCGGUGACGGUAGGUCGAGUCCCUGAACAGGCUGACAUCGUCCUGUCUGUCGCAACAGUUUCUGGGGCACACGCACGGCUGGAGAAGAAAGAGGGGAGGCUGCUGGUGACGGACCUGGACAGCACCAAUGGCACCUACAUCAACGAGAGGCGCCUCACCCCGGGCUUCCCCACUCCCAUCGACCCCGGCAGCCUCCUCAUCUUUGGUGACAUCCACCUUGCCAUGUUCCGUGUGUCCAAGAUGGUCAUCGACGUGCCCAGUGACACCAAUGGAGCUGAGCAGGAAGCUGAGAUAGCUCAAGUAUCAAGUGCAGCCCAACAAAGCAAUUAGCAGAGAGCUCCAUGCCUCAAUCUGUCAAGUGCCAGCUUACUGGUCAUUGUCGACCAAGUUAGGCCAGAGUAUGCCUUGCAAAUUAAUAAGCUCAUACAGAUCGAUGCUCCGUGCCUCUGUAUGAUACUAGUGUCACCAGUAGCGACUAAGGUAGCACUUAUCAACUGGGAAUAUAGUCACCAACAGUAACGAAGGCAUCAAUAAUUCAUGAGCAAUUUCAGUGGAGAUUUUGGUACCUCUUGGUACAGGUACUAGGAGAUACCAAAUUUUAUACUAAAGUUUUGAUACUUCAGUAUUUACUCAAGAACUAUGAAAUUACUUUUAAAUUUUACAUAGAAAACAGAGAUACUCAUGGUAUCUACUUAAAGAUUGGAAAAAUGCUC